AUGGAGACCCAUGAAUUAUUACAGCUGCUAAGUCCUGAUAUUCAGGAGGCCCAGAUUCGUUCGAAUCAACGUUUGGUCAUCCGUCGAUGUCACAAUGGGGACACAACCCGGGGGGAAACGACGAAUAGUAGACUCAGCCCUCACAUAGUACAGCGUCAGCAGCAACAAUGGCAACAGCGCCCGACUCCAACAACUAACCCAACGACGUGCAACGGUUGCCGAGCACAGGCACCACCAGCGUUGCGACACAUACCGCGCUGGCAUCAUUACCGGGCGGCCCAACCUGGGGAGCAGGACGUUAGAACACGGACGUCGGCCGCCAGUCAUCAACAGAGAGAGGCCAUAAUGGAACAGCAAUCUACACCACCACAGGGGUCCGGUCACCAACCACCACAAUAUCCAAGCCGAUAG